CGCUGGCCGGGCCAUGGAGCUGGACGCCUCCGACGAGGCGGGCGGCGCUGAGGCCGCCGCGGGAGCUGUGCCCCCUGAGGCCGCCGCGGGAGGAUGGGCGACCCCGCUCGACCCCUCCGCCACCGGGGAAGGCAGGCAGGCAGGACUGGCUGUGAAGAAGGCUGUUCUAACCGAGGCUCCAUCUUUGACAGGGCAGCCGGGGGCUGGCCAGGGGAAGAAGAUAGGCCACCGAGGGGUCGAUGCUUCGGGGGAAACAACAUACAAGAAGACCACGUCGUCCACCCUCAAAGGGGCCAUCCAGCUCGGGAUCGGCUACACGGUGGGCAACCUCAGCUCCAAGCCCGAGAGGGAUGUCCUGAUGCAGGAUUUCUACGUGGUGGAGAGCAUCUUCUUCCCCAGUGAAGGCAGCAACCUCACCCCCGCACACCACUACCCGGAUUUCCGAUUCAAAACCUACGCUCCAGUAGCUUUUCGAUACUUCCGAGAGCUUUUUGGCAUUCGUCCUGAUGAUUAUUUGUACUCCCUGUGCAACGAGCCGCUGAUAGAGCUGUCCAACCCUGGAGCCAGCGGUUCCCUGUUUUACGUCACCAGCGACGACGAAUUCAUUAUCAAAACAGUGAUGCACAAAGAGGCCGAGUUCCUUCAGAAGCUCCUUCCAGGUUAUUACAUGAACUUGAACCAGAACCCCCGGACGCUACUGCCCAAGUUCUACGGCCUCUACUGCGUCCAGUCUGGGGGCAAAAACAUCCGGGUGGUGGUGAUGAACAACAUCCUGCCCCGGGUGGUGAAGAUGCACCUGAAAUACGACCUCAAGGGCUCGACGUACAAGCGCCGGGCCUCCAAGAAGGAGAAGGAGAAGUCCAGCCCCACCUACAAGGACUUGGACUUCAUGCAGGACAUGCCCGAUGGGAUCAUGCUGGACACGGACACUUUCAGCGCUGUGGUCAAGACGCUGCAGAGGGACUGCCUGGUGCUGGAGAGCUUCAAGAUCAUGGACUACAGCCUCCUCCUGGGAGUGCACAAUAUAGACCAGCAGGAGCGGGAGCGGCAAGCUGACGGCGCCCAGAGCAUGUCCGACGAGAAGCGCCCUGUGGGGCAGAAAGCCCUGUACUCCACCGCCAUGGAGUCGAUCCAGGGCGGGGCGGCCCGGGGGGAGCCCAUCGACACGGAUGACACGAUGGGCGGCAUUCCAGCCGUGAAUGGCAGAGGGGAACGCCUGCUCCUCCACGUGGGCAUCAUCGACAUCCUCCAGUCCUACAGAUUCAUCAAGAAGCUUGAACAUACGUGGAAGGCGCUCGUCCAUGAUGGGGAUACAGUGUCGGUCCACCGGCCCAGCUUCUACGCUGAGAGGUUCUUCAAGUUCAUGACCAAUACAGUGUUCAGGAAGAGCUCGUCAUUGAAAGCGUCCCCCUCAAAGAAAGGGCGGAGUGCCUUGCUAGCCAUCAAGCCGCCGGGGCCCAUGGCCGCAUUUUCAGCAAGCCAGAUCCCCUCGGAGAAGGACGAGGCCCAGUAUGACCUCCGGGGAGCCCGAAGCUACCCCACACUGGAUGACGAAGGUGCUAAAGUUAAUCACGACCGGGGAGAAGAAUUCCCCGUCGCUACUCAGGGCUCUCUUCUCUCCUGCCUCCUCACGGGCAUGACAGGGCGGCCAGACCUGCUUCCUUGCACUCCCCCAUCAUUCGAAGAAGCCACGACAGCCUCCAUCGCGACAACGCUCUCGUCCACGUCUCUGUCGGUCCCCGAACGCUCUCCAUCCGAGUCCUCAGAACAGCCACGGUACAGGAGGCGCACGCAAUCCUCAGGGCAGGACGGAAGGUCGCGUGAUCACGCCCGGGCCGAGGAGGAGCUCCCACAGGUCACGGUGGAGCUAAAGCCCAAGUGCGAGGUGGAGAUUGUGGUCCCAGACGUGGCCGCCGCGGGAGAGGCAGCCUCGUUGCUGUGCGCCCCUGCCCUGUCGGUGGCAGCGGCUGAGGUGGAGACGGCCAGCCAGGCCUCGGAGCCAGCCAGUCAAGCUUCGGACGAGGACGAAAUGCCCCUCCCGGACAUCUAUUUCUUCACAGAGGGAAGGUACUGGAUUUACUCCCCCCGCCUGCGCAGGCUCCGAGCUGCCUCGGUUUCCUCUGGGGACCAGCCGACAGACGAGAGGAGCUGGGUGUAUUCUCCGCUCCACUAUAACACUCAAAUCCAGUCAGUCUCUGAUGAGGAGAGUGACACAUAACGUCUAUGCAACCCCAGCCGGCCCGCCCUGAGAAGACGCCAUUCAGCAGCCCAGCCAGCGCGCAGCGAACGCGGAGAAGAACCCGUGGCCUCGGCGCGGGCAGACCCCAAACUGUGUGUCAGAAGGAUGGGGCUGAGCAGCCUUUCGUCCCUCCCUCCCCCCUCCCUCCCUCCCUUCCCCUCCACGGUGUAUUUCCUAGCAACUCCAGGGCCCAGAGAAACCCAGAGCAGGAAGGUGGCAUGAACUCUGGGUAGUGCUCUCUCUCUCUCUCACUUAUAUAUAUGUAUAAAUAUGUUAUUUCUCCCCAAAAAUGCACUAUAGUAGCUACCUAUCUGUGAUACUGUGAAUGUCGGGUUUUUUAAAAUCAUGUAUUUAUUUCAUUUAUCUUGUGCUUUAUUUAAGCAUUUGGUUUACUGCACUUUGGGGGCACGAGGAGAAUGCGUCCUUCUGCUUGCAUAGUGGGGCGGCGCAGCGUCGCUUUGUCAUCCCGGAAGCCCUGGUCGCUUGGUGGGAGGGAUCCGGUGCCCCACACGCCCCUGAGCAGAGGGAGACAGCCUGGCAGAGAGAUGGAUGGGGGUGCAGAAGGGCUGGGCACUUGGGCUGCCUCUGUCUGCAUUAGCAAGGAAGGAGAAACCCGGCUCUUUCGGCAGAAGCACAGCAGGCUGUGAGCAGGUGCCUCCUGGGAGCUUUUCCCGUACCUCCUGGGCCGGUCCCCUCAUACCCCCGGCACGCAGAUCCUUCUUCCGCUGGUGCAGUUAGCAGAACGGCCCCUCUUGGCUUUGACACAACACAGAGCUGCAGGCUGCUGGGAGGAUUGAACUCCCUGAGGGAAGGGGAGUGAGAGGUGGGGGGGCCUGCCCCACUCCUUCGGGGUCUUGGAGGCCUGUUUUCUGCCCAAAGCAAUUCCGUAGGCUCUUGUGCCGUAGCCCUUGCAGAGUGGCUCUGGUCUGGUCCAGGGACAACACGUGCAGGAAGCGCUGCCCUUGUGUUCCAGGUGCGGGCCGGGUUGGCUUCAUCCCCAGGACGUGGCCGGCAGGAGGAAUCGCGGGUGCCUCCCGGGCUUUCGAUGGGCAGCUCAGAAAGGGGAGAGCUUUGCAAGAGAAACAAGCAGGGCUGCUCGGAGGGUUCGGGCUUCUUCCCUUUUCCAGGCGGCUCAGGUCUAGCGAAACUUCUCAGUCUUGGGGAAGGCAGCUCCGUAUCUGCUGGCCCUAAAAGCAACAGCUGUGGCCCCUGCUGGCCAACUGCUUUCAAGUCUGGGUGAGGGGAGGUUGCGUUGUGUGUGGGAGAGCAGGCAGGUGGCCGCCCUUAUCUUGGCGUGCCUGGUCCCGGCCAAGUUCUCAGUCAGCCUCUUAAGAUGAUGGACCCAAUCACAUCCUGGAGCUCCCGCAGCUCAUGCCAGUGCAAAAGCGUGUGCAUGGAUCAUUCUAUCCCCUCUUUUCUGACGGGACACGUGGGAGUCCUUCGCAUGUGUGGUGGGAGGGACACGAUCUUCUCUAAAUAGCAGCUCUUCCAAAGCAAAGGCCUCAUCAGAGCAGUAUUCAGAAGAAGCCAGAAAAUCACUGCAGAUGGCCAGGUCCCAAAAUCUACACCCCCCUCCCCACCAGAAACAAGCGCUUCUGAAUCACUCAUCCUCAUGGCUUGAAAUUUGAUGCUUGACUCCUGCAAACCGGCUGCUCUUGCAAACUGGAGGAACUAAGAGGGCCUCUCCACCUCUGUCAUCCCUUUUAGUGCACAGGGAAGUCUCACCACGUGGUGAGAGACCUCGGAUCCUUAUCUUUACAAAGGUCCUUGUACAAAUAACACUCCCUAGUCUGACAGAGCAGAGGUGAAGCUUAAGCGCUUCCUGAGAUUUAAUUUUUAGAACAAUACUUUCUUCUAAGGUGGUGUCUACUUGUCUCUUGCAAACCUUUCCAUCUGAUGAGUGGGGAAUUGUUACUCCAUGCUUAGCUUGAUGGAAAGCAAGGCUCUGCAUGCUUUGGGAUGCUUCAGGUAGGACCAGUGGCUCGUGACGCAGAACCCCAAGGCUGAGUGGGAACCCUCAGAUUGUCUUGCAGGGGCAGCAGCUGCAGAGCCUCCAGGAGGCUUCCCUGAAGCGACACAUCUCUUGCACCACUGCCAGAAAGACACAAAGGUGAAAACGCCCUUUUAGGAAUCAGCAUGACUUCUCUCUGCGCCCCACUAGCCCCUGCGAGGCCUCAGAAGUGCCUCCUGAGCCGCCCAGUUUGUGCCAGAUUCUUUUCCACAAGCGCAAAUCCAUAGAGCAUAGUUUUCCACUUGGAUAGCUUGAGUGGCAAGGUGCCCGGGCUUGGCACUUCCCUUGAUGUGGGGUGGAAGUUUUUCAGUUUAGGGUUUCUGUUUUUCUUGAGACCUCCAAGGUUCAGCUUCUUCGUUGGAUGGGUUCAUCGCCAUCUUUUCUGACCACUCCGGAUACAGCGCCUGCUUUCCUCCAGGCAUCUUUUUAUGCCCUUCCUUCACAGCAGUGCCGGGGCAAGAUGAGAUUUAAGGAGCAUCCUUGAUCCUUUCCUUCGGUGCUUUUGUGAGCUGCUGCUCCAAGCAAAACUGGGCAGUCUAUCACCUUGAGACAUUGGGGGGAAUCCAGAAAAGAGGCCAGAAGAGCAAUUUUUCCAAGGCCAACUGACAGCUGGAGAUAGCAUGUUGCCCAGGGCCAUCUCGAACCUCUCCUUGCCUAGGCAAGCCCUUUGCUGCCAGGAAAAAGGGGGGCGAAUUGGAGGCUCUCUGCACAUGCUCUGGCUAGCUGAGAUCGCAUGCUGUGCCUGGCCUAGGACAAGCAGCCCAGUUCUGCUUUGCGAUGAAGGCACGAGCCUAGCAGGGUGUCUGAUCCAUCCAGCACCCACAGCUUGGUUGGCUUCUAGAUGGCAGUAUUUCCCGAAUUCCCAUUGUCUCCUUCAGGCCCUGGGACAUGUGGCAGUUAGAAACGCAGCUCUGUGUGUUCAUGUGGUAGCCGGUCGGGUCCCGGGCCCGUGGGCACCCCUCACGGUGGCCGCCAUCAGCUCCAGUUCCUUCCGCUCCCCCUCAUAGAAACGGCGGUCUGAUUUUCUAAGCUUCCUCUUUAGGCUGGGACUGCAGGUGGGGGCGAUGGAAGUCGCAGUCCCGUAUCUCCAUCUGGAGGGCAGCGUUGCUGCUUUCUUUCCUUCUUCCUGGGCACAAGAUGAAGAAUCUGCUCCACUCUCAUCAGCAAGCCUUUCGGGGCCUGUGCACCCCACCUGUGUCGUUAUCCCCUGACCCCUUCUCCUUGUGGCCAUCGGCCCCCUUCCGGCUGUGGUGCAGAGCGACCCCCAGUGCUCUCUCUCCUUCCUUCCCUGAAAGGGAUUGCCCCACGGGCUUCGGUACUGUGGCGGCUGCACAGGACUCGGUUUCCCCGGCGGACUUUCCCAGCCCAGUCUUCCUCAGCCAGGCUGGCCUGCUGGUCUCCUCAGCUUGGCUACGCCCGGCGGAGCGCUCCUGGUCUUCCUCAGGCCCCUUGGACUCCCUUGGUUGGGGCACACCUUCCCUUCCCCGCCCCAGAACCAUGCCGACCUCAAGGACCCCCAACUCCCCUCCCACGUUCAACAGGGAGACAGCUCAGCCCGCAAGCCGGCAGGAGCAAGGCCUGAUGCAACAAUUUUAGAUGUCUACCUUAGACCCAAGUGUGUGUAUAUACAUGAUAUCUCUAUUUUUCUGAUUUUGUUUGGGGGUUUUUGUUUUUGUGAAACGGUCUCCUCUCUCCCUCUGUCUCUCUUUUUUACGUCUGUGCUCUGUUACAUGCUUUGUACAAAGAAUGUACCGGAUCUGGGGAUGAAACCGUGGCUGCAGGGAGAAACUCCAGAGUGGAUUCGUUAAUUCUCAUGUGUCUUUUUUUAUGGCUUCAUUGAGUCACAAAUGGCUUUUUGUCCCAGAGAUCUGCUUUGUCCCUCUCCGGUGUCAAUCAGUGGGUAUGAUAAAGCUGUGUGACCCCAGCGUAGCCUUUGAUGUAAAACGAGAGGCCAGUCCUCUCCAAUGUAUACCCGAAGGCAUUCGAUCAAAAUGCUUCCUCCCUUCUGCGCGUGAUUCUGCAUCUGCCACCACCCCGUAACUUAUCCUAUGAGCCAUGUGACCCUUUGUUCGUCUAAACUUUGCCAGGGGUGGCAGCUGGUCCUCUCUGGGUGCUCUCGGCAAGUGGGAGUUGGAUCCUUUGGCUUGUCCACUCCUUGGUCUAAAGUCUCCCGACAGCUUCUCGGUCUUUAGGGUAGAGACCUCGACUCUCUUCGUCCUGUGGAGUUGCAUGUAUGUCCUUCCUUUUCAAUUGCUGUUCUUCAGUCUUCAAAAAGCUCCACCGCAUAUGCUCGGUCCCAGAGGACCUUCCCUCCGUUAGCUGCCGACUGUUUCCUCUCCGCGGCAUUUCCUCUCCGCCUCCGCCAGUCUCUUUCCCGGGCCCUUUGGUGAACAUGUGGCACAUUAGGAGCCCCAAGAUCAGCCAGGCCGCUCCUCCUUCUGGGAGGGGAUCCCCCAUACUGCCUCCAUCCUGCUUCCAGAGCCGUCUGUUAAUGGAUGGGGCAGUUUCUGGGUGCAGUUCCGUUUCCGAUUUAAGCUCCACCAGGUGUAACCAAGCCUCAUGCCAUUGUUUUUACUGUGUAAUUUAUUAAACCGUUUAUUUAUGAGGAUUUCAGUGUUUCAUUGUUCUCUUGCCUGAUCCUAAGAGGACAAUCCCUUAAGCUUGAGAUUCUUCCCUUCCCUCCACCCUCCCCAUCCAUCAUUUUCUCGUUUGGAAAGGGGGACUGGACUCGUGUGACUUCUGUAUUCAAAUCUAGGACCAGGCAAGAAAAAGCAUUCUCAUUGCAAUGUCCCUCUUUUUGGCAUCCUUUAUUUUUGGAACUAUCUAAUAAAAUAGGCAGGUGGAAA